GUCACAAUGGGAGGAUAAAUACAAGGGCCAGAGGACUGCAAAGGCCGUCGCAGACGAAGGCCGGAUCUACUCCUUCUCCCUCUCUCUUCUCUCAGCUCUCCUCCUAAUACUCAAAGAGUCAGGAUGCCUCACUCAUACCCUUUCCUCACUCCUGAGCAGAAGAAGGAGCUCAGUGAUAUUGCUCAGAGGAUCGUCGCUACUGGCAAGGGAAUCCUCGCCGCAGACGAGUCCACUGGCAGCGUCGCCAAGCGCUUCCAGAGCAUCAACGCUGAGAACACUGAGGAGAACAGGAGGCUGUACCGCCAGCUCCUCUUCACCGCUGAUGACCGCAUCAACCCAUGCAUCGGUGGAGUCAUCCUCUUCCAUGAGACCAUGUACCAGAAGACCGACGAUGGCAAGCCCUUCACCCAGUACCUUAAAGAGAGAGGCAUGGUAGUGGGCAUCAAGGUCGACAAAGGUGUUGUCCCCCUGGCCGGAACCAACGGCGAGACAACCACCCAGGGUCUGGAUGGACUGUAUGAGCGCUGUGCACAGUACAAGAAGGAUGGUGCCGACUUCGCCAAGUGGCGCUGUGUGCUGAAGAUCACCCCCACCACCCCCUCUAAGCUGGCCAUCAUGGAGAAUGCCAAUGUCCUUGCCCGCUAUGCCAGCAUCUGCCAGAUGCACGGCAUCGUCCCCAUCGUGGAGCCUGAGAUUCUCCCUGAUGGUGACCACGACCUGAAGCGCUGCCAAUACGUCACUGAGAAGGUCUUGGCCGCUGUUUACAAGGCCCUGUCCGACCACCAUGUCUACCUGGAGGGCACUCUGCUCAAGCCCAACAUGGUUACUGCAGGACACUCCUGCUCACACAAGUACAGCAACCAGGAGAUUGCCAUGGCAACUGUUACUGCCCUGCGCCGCACUGUGCCCCCAGCAGUUCCUGGCAUCACCUUCCUGUCUGGUGGCCAAAGUGAGGAGGAGGCCUCCAUCAAUCUGAACGCCAUGAACCAGUGCCCCCUGCACAGGCCAUGGGCCCUGACCUUCUCCUACGGUCGUGCCCUUCAGGCCUCUGCCCUCAAAGCAUGGGCUGGCAAGAAGGAGAAUGGAAAGGCAUGCCAGGAUGAGUUCAUCAAGAGAGCUCUGGCUAACAACCAGGCCUGCCAGGGCAAAUAUGUUGCAGCUGGAGGCAGCUCUGCUGGUGGUGAUUCACUGUUUGUGGCCAACCAUGCUUAUUAAGCAUGGAAACUCCACAAUUUAUUUUGCACCUUCUCCCCACCAUCUUCUAAGUCACCGUGGAAAAGGCCGUCUCAUCACAGGCGCUGCCUAACAGCACUUUUAUAGCGUCUUGGUAGAAAGUAAAGGAGAAAGACAAAAGUAAACUUUCCUUGGGGUUGUUUCUGAAGCUAGGAGAUCCUAAAAAAUGUUCUGCCUCCAUUCCCUUACCUUUUCUUAUUGACACCUUUUUCAAGUGAAGAUUACCACAAAGUUUUUACACCUUGUACUUUUUUCCUUGGUCUGUUUCCAACAAAACAGUACGUGAUUUAUACUGAUACCAUGGAAUAAAGUAUUUACCCUUGA